GCGAUGUCAGCUGCGCGCUGUCCCCAGAUGCCGUUGACGCCCACCAGCACAGUGUCACUGCUCUCCAGCAGGUUGGUGAGGGCAGCCUCCAUGGCGCAGUGCCCGCUGCCGCUGAUGGCCAACGUGAGUCGGUUCUGUGUCUGGAAGGCAUACUGGAUGCCCGCCUUGAUCUCAUCCAUCACCUGAGACGAGGACCAGCACCGCUGUCAGCCCGGACAGCUCCGUUAGCAGCACCCAUCCCAGCCGGCGCCAUGGCGGGAGCAUCCGUCAAAGUGGCGGUGCGCGUGCGGCCCUUCAACUCCCGCGAGAUGAGCCGGGAGUCCAAAUGCAUCAUCCAGAUGUCAGGAAGCACCACCACUAUCCUGAACCCGAAGCAGCCCAAAGAGACACCCAAAAGCUUCAGCUUUGACUAUUCCUACUGGUCCCACACCACGCCUGCAGACAUCAAUUAUGCAUCUCAGAAGCAGGUGUACCGUGACAUCGGCGAGGAGAUGUUGCAGCAUGCCUUCGAAGGCUACAACGUCUGCAUCUUUGCCUAUGGGCAGACUGGUGCUGGCAAAUCCUACACCAUGAUGGGGAAGCAGGAGAAGGACCAGCAAGGCAUCAUCCCACAGCUGUGUGAGGACCUCUUCUCCCGCAUCAAUGACACAACCAAUGACAACAUGUCCUACUCCGUGGAGGUGAGCUACAUGGAGAUCUACUGCGAGCGGGUGAGAGACCUCCUGAACCCCAAGAACAAGGGGAACCUGCGGGUGAGAGAGCACCCCCUCAUGGGUCCCUAUGUGGAGGACCUUUCCAAGCUGGCCGUGACCUCCUACAACGACAUCCAGGACCUGAUGGACUCGGGGAACAAGGCCCGCACGGUGGCUGCCACCAACAUGAAUGAGACCAGCAGUCGCUCGCACGCUGUCUUCAAUAUCAUCUUCACCCAGAAGCGGCACGAUGCCGAGACGGACAUCACCACUGAGAAGGUCAGCAAAAUCAGCCUGGUGGACCUGGCUGGCAGUGAGCGGGCUGACUCAACCGGCGCGAAGGGCACAAGGCUGAAGGAAGGAGCAAACAUCAACAAGUCCUUGACCACACUGGGAAAAGUCAUCUCUGCUCUGGCUGAAAUGGAUUCGGGGCCAAAUAAGAACAAGAAGAAAAAGAAGACAGAUUUCAUCCCAUACCGGGACUCAGUGCUGACCUGGCUGCUAAGGGAGAACCUGGGAGGCAACUCCAGGACGGCCAUGGUUGCUGCGCUCAGCCCUGCUGACAUCAACUACGAUGAGACGCUCAGCACAUUAAGAUAUGCCGACCGUGCCAAGCAGAUCCGCUGCAAUGCUGUCAUCAACGAGGACCCCAACAACAAGCUGAUCCGGGAGCUGAAGGACGAGGUGGCCCGCCUGCGUGACCUUCUCUAUGCCCAGGGGCUCGGGGACAUCAUUGACAUGACCAACGCAAUUGCUGGCAUCAGCCCCUCUUCCUCCCUGUCGGCUCUCUCCAGCCGCGCAGCCUCUGUUGCCAGCCUCCAUGAGCGCAUCAUGUUUGCUCCAGGCAGCGAAGAAGCUAUUGAAAGGCUCAAGGAAACAGAGAAGAUCAUUGCUGAGCUGAAUGAAACGUGGGAGGAGAAGCUGCGCAGAACAGAGGCGAUCCGGAUGGAGAGGGAAGCCUUGCUGGCCGAGAUGGGGGUGGCCAUGAGAGAGGACGGAGGUACCCUGGGUGUUUUCUCUCCAAAAAAGACGCCCCAUUUGGUCAACCUAAAUGAAGACCCGCUCAUGUCUGAGUGCCUUCUCUACUACAUCAAGGACGGGAUAACCAGGGUUGGCCGGGAAGAUGCAGAGAAGAGGCAGGACAUUGUUCUCAGUGGGCACUUCAUCAAGGAAGAGCACUGCCUUUUCCGCAGUGACACGAGGACCGGUGGUGAAGUGAUUGUGACCCUGGAGCCUUGUGAAGGCGCUGACACCUACGUGAAUGGCAAAAAGGUGACAGAGCCCAGCGUCCUGCGCUCAGGAAACCGGAUCAUCAUGGGGAAGAGCCACGUGUUUCGCUUCAACCACCCUGAGCAGGCCCGGCAGGAGCGGGAGCGGACGCCCUGUGCUGAGACACCUGCUGAGCCCGUGGACUGGGCCUUCGCCCAGAGAGAGCUGCUGGAGAAGCAGGGCAUCGACAUGAAGCAGGAGAUGGAGCAGAGGCUUCAGGAGCUGGAGGACCAGUACCGGAGGGAGAGGGAGGAGGCAAAUUACCUUCUGGAGCAGCAGCGGCUGGACUACGAGAGCAAACUGGAGGCUCUGCAGAAGCAGAUGGACUCUAGAUAUUACCCUGAAGCCAAUGAGGAAGAAGAAGAACCUGAAGAUGAAGUGCAGUGGACAGAGCGAGAGUUCGAGCUCGCCCUCUGGGCCUUCAGGAAGUGGAAGUGGUACCAAUUCACCUCCCUCCGUGACCUGCUCUGGGGCAAUGCCAUCUUCCUCAAGGAAGCCAACGCCAUCAGUGUGGAGCUGAAGAAAAAGGUGCAGUUUCAGUUCGUCCUCCUGACAGAUACGCUGUAUUCACCUCUCCCUCCUGACCUGCUGCCUCCCGACGCCGCCAAGGACCGGGAGAAGCGGCCAUUUCCCCGCACCAUCGUGGCUGUGGAGGUGCAGGACCAGAAGAACGGGGCAACGCAUUACUGGACCCUGGAGAAGCUCAGGCAGCGCCUGGACUUGAUGCGCGAAAUGUACGACCGUGCAGCAGAAGUGCCUUCGAGCGUCAUUGAGGACUGCGACAACGUGGUGACCGGCGGAGAUCCCUUCUAUGACCGCUUCCCGUGGUUCAGGCUGGUUGGCAGUUCAGAUAUCUCUGGCUGCAACAGCUCUCCUCUUUUCAACACAUGCAUGAGCGAGCGCAUGGCUGAUCUCACCCCCUCCCCUACCUUCUCGAACCCCGACUCCGACAUCACCGAGCCUGCUGACGAGCAGCACGAGGGGCAGGAGGAGGAGGAGGAGGAGGAGGCGGAGGACCUGGAGGAAGACAUCUUUCCGGAGUGCCCGCUGUGUGAUGGCCGGGAUCCGUUUUACGACCGCUCCCCCCUGUUCAGUUUAGUAGGAAGGGCCUUCGUCUACCUCAGCAACCUGCUGUACCCCGUGCCCCUGGUGCACCGCGUGGCCAUCGUCAGCGAGAAGGGCGAGGUGAAGGGCUUUCUGCGCGUGGCCGUCCAAGCCAUCUCAGCCGACGAGGAAGCCCCAGACUACGGUUCUGGCGUGCGGCAGUCGGGGACAGCGAAGAUCUCCUUUGACGAUCAGCACUUCGAGAAGUUCCAGUCCGAGUCCUGCCCUGCUGUAGGCAUGUCUCGCUCGGGGACCUCCCAGGAGGAGCUGCGCAUCGUUGAGGGCCAGGGGCAGAUGAGUGACUUGGGGCCCUCCGCCGAUGAAGUCAACAACAACACCUGUGCCGUGACCCCAGAGGACCUUCUCCUGGACAGCCCGGAGAAGUCCACGAUGGAUGGGCCUCUGGAGGCAGCUCUGGACCACCUGAAGCUGGGCAGCAUCUUCACGUUUCGAGUGACCGUCCUGCAAGCCUCCAGCAUCUCAGCAGAAUAUGCGGAUAUCUUUUGCCAGUUCAACUUCAUCCAUCGCCACGAUGAGGCCUUUUCAACGGAGCCCUUGAAGAACACAGGGCGAGGGCCACCACUGGGUUUCUACCAUGUCCAAAAUAUUGCUGUGGAGGUGACCAAGUCCUUCAUCGAAUACAUCAAGAGCCAGCCGAUUGUAUUUGAGGUGUUUGGGCACUACCAACAACACCCCUUCCCACCCCUCUGCAAGGACGUCCUUAGCCCGCUGAGGCCAUCCCGGCGCCACUUCCCACGGGUGAUGCCACUUUCCAAGCCAGUGCCCGCCACCAAGCUAAGCACCAUGACUCGUCCCAGUGCUGGGCCCUGCCAGUGCAAGUACGACCUGAUGGUCUUCUUCGAGAUCUGCGAGCUGGAGGCCAAUGGCGACUACAUCCCGGCUGUGGUGGAUCACCGUGGAGGCAUGCCGUGCCACGGGACCUUCCUCCUCCACCAGGGCAUCCAAAGGAGAAUCACUGUCACCUUGGUGCAUGAAACAGGCAGCCUGAUCCGCUGGAAGGAAGUGCGGGAGCUGGUUGUGGGUCGGAUCCGGAACACCCCAGAAGCUGAUGAGUCUCUUAUUGACCCCAACAUCCUGUCCCUGAACAUCCUGUCCUCGGGCUACAUCCACCCCUCACAGGACGACCGGCAGUUUCUUGAUUCGGAUAUGCCUAGGACUUUUUACCAGUUUGAAACAGCGUGGGACAGCUCCAUGCACAAUUCACUGCUGCUCAACCGUGUCACCCCAUACCGGGAGAAAAUCUACAUCACCCUCUCCGCCUACAUCGAGAUGGAGAACUGCACCCAGCCUGCCGUCAUCACCAAAGAUUUCUGCAUGGUUUUCUAUUCCCGAGAUGCCAAGCUCCCUGCCUCCCGCUCCAUCCGCAACCUCUUUGGCAGCGGCAGCCUGCGGGCUUCAGAGAGCAACCGUGUGACGGGUGUCUAUGAGCUGAGCCUGUGCCGCGUGGCGGAUGCUGGCAGUCCAGGCAUGCAGAGGCGGCGCCGGCGCGUAUUGGACACCUCUGUAGCCUAUGUGCGGGGAGAAGAGAACCUGGCUGGCUGGCGGCCCCGCAGCGACAGCCUCAUCCUCGACCAUCAGUGGGAGCUGGAGAAGCUCAGUCUCUUGCAAGAAGUGGAGAAAACCAGGCACUACCUGCUGCUGCGUGAGAAGCUGGAGACAACCCAGCGGCUGGGCCUGGAGACCCUGUCCCCGUGCUCCAGCGAGGACUCCGAGUCCCGAAGCACCUCCUGCGUCUCCUCCCCACUCUCGGCUGAUGGGGCCCCAGAAGGACGGACCUCUCCUCCCGAAACCCCCAGUGAGAGGCAGAAGGAGCUGGCCGUGAAGUGCCUGCGCCUGCUCACGCACACCUUCAACCGCGAGUACAGCCACAGCCAUGUCUGCAUCAGCGCCAGCGAGAGCAAGCUGUCUGAAAUGUCUGUGACCCUGAUGAGAGACCCGUCCAUGUCAGCUCUCGGGGUCACCACCCUCACCCCCUCCUCAACCUGCCCGUCGCUGGUGGAAGGACGCUACAACACCAUGGAAGUCAGAACCCCACAGGUCUCCUCCAGGGUGGAGAGUCCUGACCUGGAGCCUGUGGUGGAAGGAGAGCAGAAGAAGUCCCCGUCCCGCCGGCCUGAGGAUGAGAAGGAGCCUCAGCGGCAGCUGGUGCCUGACAUUCAGGAGAUCCGAGUCAGCCCCAUCGUCUCCAAAAAGGGCUACCUGCACUUCCUGGAGCCCCACACCAAUGGGUGGGUGAAACGUUUUGUGGUGGUUAGGCGCCCAUACGUCUACAUCUACAACUCAGACAAGGACUCAGUGGAGAGGGCCAUACUCAACCUCUCCAAAGCCCAAGUGGAGUACAGUGAGGACCAGCAGGCCAUGCUGAAGACCCCCAACACGUUUGCGGUGUGCACGGAGCACCGGGGCAUCCUGCUGCAGGCAAGCAGUGACAAGGACAUGCACGACUGGCUCUAUGCCUUCAACCCCCUCCUGGCCGGGUCCAUAAGGUCCAAGCUGUCCAGAAGGAGAACAGCCCAGAUGAGAAUCUAACCUGAAAACCACCCUCCACCUCAUCCGUCUGCCAACAGGAUCAAGAUAGCAGAUUCUGUCUCAAGAGUCCCCAUGUUAACAUCCGAUCUCUCACACCAUCUGCUGCCCCAGCUGCCUGCUCCAUGGAAGGAUCCGUCUCGAUCUACACCUUCAUGGGGGAAACUCAUUUCUGUUCGUAGCUGCAAACGCCCGGUCCCACCUGGGCAGGAUCUCUCGUGUGCAUGUGAUCUUCUGCCCCUCCCCCCAUGGGUGGCCUUCAUGUCACACAACCUGUAACGCUCCUGAAAGGUUCCUUUCGGAGAGGAGGGAGCAAGGAGGGUAGAUCCGGUUAAAAGCUGGUCUUUGAUCUACAGAGGUAGCAGUGUCGUAAAGCUCAGAGAUGAGAAAUCAGGAGGAAUUGCUUCCACGCGAAGGGAAAGUGGUAGUUUAGGUACAGGGAUUUCCUAAUUUAUUGUUUCUACAAAAGAUGGCAGGGCAAAAUCAGGUGUCAGUAGUUUAAGAUUAUAUUUAUAAAGUAUUUAUUUCUAUUUACAUCACAAAAACCCAUACACUGGGUCCCGCCCCCGAACAAUGCCUCCCCUGAGCCGGGGAGAGGCUUGGCAGCGGGCUGGUGCCAAGGCCACCGCAGCCCCUCUCUCAGAGACACCUUUCUGGGAGAAGGGACCAAACACGGCGACUGCAGUGCGCUCGCCCUCUCUCCCCAUCCUUCCCUCAACCUUCUGCUUUGCCCCCCAGCGCUUAAACUACUUUUCCCAGAAGCGGUGACCAGACCGGGCACCACGUCUUCCCAAGCGAGGCAAUUCCUCCCUGCCCCAUCUACCUCUGGUGGGGGACGCAUGCUGUUUUAGGCAGCCAGGGCACCCACAUGCACAUGGACGAGCCAACCGCCCGAGCCCCGCGGGAUGGUUGUGCCUCACUGAGAACAAGUGUAUUUGGGCUCCUUCUUCUGUCCGGUGCCCGAAAUGCAGCCUACGUUGGCUGUCCCCAUGCUGCCCCCAGGGCCUCCUACCAGACAGCUGCGGAGGUCAGCAUUGCCAUGGCGGGGAGCAUGGAGGCUGGGCAGGCUGUUCCCAAAGCUGGCUGAUGAAGCUCCCCAGGAGCUGGGAUUCGGAGCAGCCAUCCCAGCCCCACAGCUCCUCUCCCCCAAAGGCUUUGCUGUCCCCUCCUGCAGGAAGAACAGGGCUGAGGCAGGUGAUUGGGCAGUGCAGAGACCAGCGUCAGGGUGGGGAUGGUGGGGAGCAGAGAGGCCGGGGCUUCUUACUUUCAUAGCUGAUGUUUUCGUACCCCUCACCCCCGUUCCAGAAGUGCAAUCCCACCUUCCUCCCCUCGCCUCCAUAGAUUACUCAGUCUAUGGCUGCAGCACAGCCGUGCUGGCGGGGCUCCCCACAGCCUCCUCCUCCCCAACAAACCCCACACCCAUCGCUCACGUCCCUCCUCUCGUCUGUUCGUUGGUCGUUUUGCCGAGCGUGGGUGCUUCACUUCAGGGCUUCCCGAGGGUGGCCCAUGCAGCUCCGGGCAGGAAGGCGGGCGCCUUCCCCCGCACAUCCCCAGGCCCUGCUGGGCUUCGCUUCGCUGUCACGCAUUCACAGCCAACCUUAAUUUGCACAGCACGGCCACAUCUCGGCCCCACCACCGCACGUCCCCGCGCUGUCCCCUGUGUUGUCGGUGCGGUGCUGGGCAGAGGCCGUCCCUCCACACCGUUUGCUCCUUUGUAAACCCGCGGGGACGCAGAGGACGGGGGUGGCCGGGCGCAUCGCUCCUCGUUCGGCUGUUUCCCUCGUUGGUAGGAUCCCAGU